UUUCCAUCCAAACAAACAUAUUCCAGUCCGAUUUAUACAGUCAUGGCAGCGUCUUCAACCUUCAAAUCCGUAUUCCAAAACCUGAAACGUUUCUUCAAGAAACCCUGGGAGAUAACAGGGCCGUGUUCCGAUCCGGAAUUCAGACCGUCGUUGCCCCGUGCCCUAGAGUACCGACCGUUCUGCCCGGCGACGCCGAAUCAGAAGGCCUGUAUCCCCAGCUCCAACCCCGAGACGGUUUACGACAUCAAGUACUUCACCCGGGACCAGCGCCGGAACCGCCCCCCGAUUCGCCGGACUAUCCUCAAAAAGCCUGAUGUCGAGAAGAUGAUGAAGGAGAAGACCUUUGAUGUUUCCGACUUUCCGAGGGUUUACUUGACUGCUAAGGUCGAAGAGGAUUACAAUGCCCGUGGCGGAGGCUACCAGAAAUAGGCUUGGGGGUUUUGUGGCAAAACAUCUGUGCUCCUGUUCCUUCUUAUCUUUCUCUAGUUCUGUUACUGAAGAGGUGCUGAUCAUGUUGAAAAUUUGAUUUGCUCAACUCUCAUGCAAUUAACAAGGGGAUGGAGUGAUUGACAUCAAUAAAUGUAGUUGCCUGCACUCAUAUGAUUUGUUCUGUUUUUUCUCCUUGUUUGUGAAUGUUUUAGUUCCAUGGUGGUUGGGUUAUAUAAGAUUUGUAAAAUCCACCAAACCUUUGAUAAUUCUACCCUCAAUCAUGUAUGGGCACUUCUCAGUUCAUGUUUGCUACUUUCUGGCUGCAACGCAAUAAUCAGUAAUGUUUUAGCUGGGGAUUGGGAAAGAAA